AUGUCGCAGCCCAAGCUCACGUUGCGGCCGCCUCCGCACCGCGACUUCAUCCAAGGCUUUCCAGGAAUCGUCGGCUCGGGCAACCGUCCACCUGCCCACGUCGCUGGCACGGUCGAGGUGCGGCUCGGCACAAAGGGCCUCAAAGCAGCAUGGUUGCGCAUCGAGCUUCGCAAACUCGAAACGCUCCCCGGCGGCGAGAGCUGGGGAGAACUUAUCGGUAGAGGCCCCAUCGACGUCUGGUCCGCACGCAAGGACGAGGCGCACAAGUCCGAGGCAGACAAGGGCUGGGAGCUUUUGCAGACCGCCGACUUUCCCUUUCAGGUCACCAUCCCAGAAGGGCUUCCACCCAGCGCCAAGCUCGAGAAGAACGCAGGCAUAGGAUACGAGCUCGUCACUUCGCUCUGCGUCAGAAGCAAGAAGGGCCUGCUCAAAAAGGAGACUACCAGCUCCAUCAUCCAGAACACCCAUCCUUUAUGGCUCGACAAGCACGAGCUCCACUCCACAUGGCCGGUUUACUCGCUGCCUGAGGAUCACGAGACCAUCCAGGACGACAUCCGCGCCAAAGUCAUGCGCAACCGCACCUGCUACGGCCCCGGUGACUCGGUCGAUGUCCGCGUCACCCUCAUCUCGGAGCGCGUCUCGCCCAUCAAGGUCAAGAGCGUCUCGUUUGCCAUCCGCGAGACCAUCACCUUCAAGGGAAGCGCAAAGAAGACCUUUGGCUCCAACAAGGCUGCCUCCCAAAAGACCGAAUCGCUCUCGUCAAAGAGCAAGAGCUUCGGCAAGAAGGUCUACAAGGGCGACACGCACACCUUUGACCUCUCGUGCCAGAUCCCACGCACCCACACCCUCAUGACCAUCCAGACCGCUAAACACAUCGAGGUCUCCUACACCCUGCGCGUCCAGAUCGAGACCGCAAAAAAGCCCAUAAUCAUCGACCACCUGCCCAUCACCGUGUCCAACUUCCCCAAGACCGCCAGCGAUGCCCUCAUGGACCGCAUCGGAUGGGUGCCCGGCCUCUCGACGCCCGCCGACGGCACUCUUCCCGAUCCUUACUUGAACGAAGCCGCUCCCAAUAUGCCGCCUGGACCCAUGGGACGCCAGCAGACCAUCGCACGGUCCAUCUCGUUCAGCGCAGGGUCAACGUAUUCAGGCAGCCGAAGCAGCUAUCCCGGCUACCCGGGUGGCGAUCUGCGCCGCAGGGACACCGUCAUGACGCAGGGAACGGCCAUCAGUGGACCCGGCAUGGCGGGUCGCGGCGUGCCCGGCCAGGUGUUUUCGUGGGGUCAGUACGGAUCAGCUCAGCCCUUCGGCGCCGGCGACGCUCCUCGUCCGGCCUUUGCGGGACCGCCGAGUAUCUACGAGGGCCGCGAGCUGGCGCCCGAAGAGACGCGUGCGCUCUUCCAUUCGACCAACCGACCCCAGAGCGCCAUGGUGCUCGGCACGGCUGUCGAUCCCGUCCUCAUGCCGCCCUCGUCGUAUCACGGUCACAGCGGCGCUGUCACGCCCAUCCGUGAGCAGAGCGAAGACGGUCAUGGCCCGUCUCAGUAUAGGCACUCCCAGUACGGAGCGAAUGGCUAUGCGAGCAACGCUGCGCACUACGCUUCGAUGCCAGGAUCGCCUGCCCUUCAUCGCGACUCUGCCUCUGCCUCGCCCGCAGACGGUCGCAACCCAUACGCCGAGGCGCCACACCGCAUGUCGGCCACACCGGAGAUCGGGGCUACGAGGUACGUUCGGCCCGAGCCUGUGCAUCAGCCGAUUCAUACGGAGCGCCAGGCCUCGCCGGCGCAGCGACAGAGCACGUUUGACGCCAGCGCGCCCAUGAGCUCGGCCGAAGCAGAGAAGCAGCGGCUGUAUGAGCGGGCGCGCCAGCAGGCAGAGCGCAACCAGCGCCGCGCGGACGAGCGUCGCGCACAGCACCAACUCGCGGCCAUGUCCAUCUCAAAUCCGGCCUCGCCCGUCGCCAACGGUGGCAGGCCGCAUAGCAUGAUGAAUCUCGGCUCGACGAGCGCAUCGCCUGCACCGGGGCCGUCGGCAGGUGCUGGCAACUCGUUAGCGAUGCAGGGCGCGCCGAACGGUGCAAGUGCGAACCCAACCAUGCAGGCUGGUGCAAGCGCCCCCAUCGUGUCGGGACGACCGGCACCGUAUCCAUCGUAUAUGACGGCCGAGGAGGAGAAGCGACAGCUGUACGAGCGCGCCAGAGCCGAGACCGAAGCGUUUCAUCGCGGCGAGGCGUCAUCGUCGGCUGCAGCAGCAGAGGCGGGCGGCUCGUCGCAGCCUGCCGUGGCGCGUGGUCAAGCAUCAUCGACCAGCGAUGGGGCCGUGCAGUUGCCGGGUGCAUGGCCUCAGGCUGCGCCUGCGCACGCGUCAUCGAGCACGCCAGCGCCCGUCGCGGGCCCAUCUGCGCCUGCCAGCUCUUCGAGUGCCAUAGUUGCUGGUGCGACGUCGAGUGCCGUCAGCGAAAAGGAGCAGCUCAGAAGGUACUACGAGGCACGGGACGCGGUCAACCAGCACUUGCAAACGGGUGGCUCGCGCCAAGUUUCGGGUAGUGCGGGCAUGUAUGCGCCCGAAGUGGCGUCUGCCGUGCACCACGCCACGCCGCAUCAGCCUGCGGAUACUCUGGGCUCGCCCGUGCGUGCGACGCCCACCGACGGCGUCGUGCCGGUGCAGCCUACACCGAUGCGGGCGGGCGCGGCGACGAUGGGCGUGCAGUCGUAUCUCACCGAGGCAGAACAGCAGUCGGCGGAGGAAAAGGAGCGCCUCGCUUCGCACUAUGCGCGCAAGGCGGCCAAGGCCGAAGCCAAAGCUGCCGCUGCAGCCAAUGGUCAGUCUCCACCGUCGGCAGGAGUACGGUCGGCUGCUGACGCGUAUGCCAGUGGUAGUCCCGGUGGUGGAGCAGCAUUGCCGGCAGGAGCGAGCGAAAAGGCCCAGUUGGCUGCCUACUAUGCAGCGCGCGAUGCAAUGCAGCACAACCUGCAGCAGGAAUCGUCUUCGUCGGCCCAACCUCAGAGCCACAACAUGCAUCAGUGGCAGCCCAGAUACAGCUCGCUCGACGAUGAUGAACCCGCCCCAGCACUGGCUGCUGCACCUCCUCCACUGCCGCCCAAGAUCCCACUCGGCACUUCGGCGUUUGCACCAUCCGCACACCGCGCCUGGUCCUAG